UCCGAAAAAUUACAGCGUUGUGCCAUUCGUUCCCUCCAAAAAAUUUCACACCCUUUCCCUCCAAAAUUCAAAACCCAAAAUUCCUUCUCCAAACACAUCUCGCUUCAUCUCUGGUAAGAUUCCUUCAUAUUCAACUCAACUCCAUUCAUUUUUUUCUUCUUUCGAAAUGGUUUUUUUAGAUCUUCUCUUUCUUGUAUAAAAUGCCAAGCAUCCAUCUCAUCUAAUUCUCCCUGAUUAUGUGAGCCGUCUUUGUUAGGCUUAUUUAGAUGAUGAUUUGAAAUGGGUUCUGUUAGAUUUGAGAAAGAUAACAACACAAUGCAAGAUUUUCCAAUCUCCAACGGAGAUAACCAGACUCAGACCUUGGACAUUGAUUUUUCUCCGUCUUCGGUGCGGCAUGGUGUUUCUUCUGCAACAGUGAUCUCCCAAGGUGCUGCCCAACCUAAUCGAGGAUCCAGACACCGGAGUUUUACUUCAGUACGUACAGCUUCAGUACGGUCUUCUGGUAUUGCUGCUGCUCGCUGUAUGUCUACUGAGGCAACUCGAAUCAAAACAAAUCCGACAUUGAGUAGUCAUCAAGAUCAGCAAAAGCAAGACAAUGCCAAAAUCUCAUGUCCUGGUGUUGAUUGUAUUAAAAAGUGUAAUGGAACAGCUAGUUUAAGAGACCCAACCUCUUUUAUCAGAACCAACACAUGUGAGGAGGAUCAGAGCCAUGAGAAUGAUUGCUCUCCUGGGGACACGCAAGAUAAAUUUAUGGAUGGAAUCAAGAGCAGGAUAAAAAAUUCAAGGGUGAGGAAGCUUUUCAAUGAUGUAACAAUGGAUGAAAGUGAAGAAACAAUAAACAUUACUGGCUAUACAAUGAUGGGAAAAACAGACUGGCCUCUAUUUGGCGAUCAUGUGGUUGCAGGUUUGAGCUAUGUUGGGUCCGAGGAACCUGGUGAACAGCUGCAAGAAAAUGCAUUGGGCAUUGUGGAUAAAAUUCUUUUGAUUAAUGAUGUUGAGUUGUUUGGUGAACCUGGUCCACGGAAUUCCAUUUGUGGGAAGUCCCCUCCUUUCUCAAGUGCAAUGGGAGCUCAAAGUUUGGCUAAAAGAACCGACCUUAGAAAUCCUCUGGAAAAAACGGGCAUAUAUGACUGGAAUGAUAGUCGUGAGGAUGAAGGAGGUGGAGAUUUCUUCACUAAAAGGAAGGAUGUCUUACUUGAAGAUAGAGAACACAUGCGGAUAUCACACACCCAACUCGGGAAACCAAAGCAUCCGACCCGAGGCAUGGUUGAUAACCUUGGAGGGAAGGGAGAAGGCAUGGACAGUCAAACCCGUCAGAAACUAGUGGCUUCAUCUCAUUUAGGAUUGGGAUUAACGUUAGGCGAUCAGAUAAGAAGUACCAAAGUGCAGCAUUCUGGAACAAAAUCAAAGAAGAAUCUCUUCAAGCAGAUUGAUGAACAGUCAAAUGAGGAAUCUCUUGAGCAAGAAUCAGAAAUAACUGCUUUUCGUGGAGGUUCACAAGGUAUUUAUGAUGUUGGUGUCAGUACCCAAUUGGCUGCUGAAGCUCUGGAGGCCCUAGUAUGUGGGCCACCUGCUAACCAUGAUUUCACGGAUGCGCAUCCAGUAACAAGAAAGAUGACCAAAGGUUCUGAUAUCGAUCCCACCAAGAAAAUAGAAAAGCAGAAGCAUGUUUCUACUGGGAAGAGGGCUCGUUCUACAUCUGUUGCACGCAAUUCUUCUAGAAAACAGUUAAAGGACUCAAACGUGAUGGAUUUGCGAAGGGAAUCACCUGUAAAAACAAGAGCGUGGUUGAAGUGUGAAGAAUACUUGAACACUGCGAAUUAUGUCAAUGGAAAUGAAUGCUCGGGCAGAAAAUCUUCUAAAAUUGGCAAGAGAGAGAAGAAGGUGGGAGCAUCAAGUGGUACCCACGCCAAAGAGGUGGAUAAUAGUCAUAGUUCAUUGGCAUCAAAUAGGCAUCUUUCAUAUAACAAGGGAGUCGUACAAGAAGAGCAUUUGCAUGGGACUGUAAUACCUGUUGCAUGCCGGACCCGGCAGUCAAUAAAAAGAGGAAUUAGUUUCGUCACUGAUGCAUCGGACCACUUAACAGUUCAAGAGAAAAGUUCUAAUUUGGCUCCUGAUCAAAUUCGGAAGUUGAGAAAGAGUAAGAUGGGUCAGUCUGAUAUGUGGGGAAUUGAUCAUCUGCAUGCCUUGGGCUAUCCCAAAAGGAGGAGAACACGUUGGAGUAUGUCAGCUGACUUAAACAAUGCUACCAACUUGACAGUUGUUGGCUUUCCAGAAGGUAAUGCAGAAUCUUCGACCCAGCAGACAAGGUCAAAAAUCGAAGUUGGAAGUUCUUUCAGGACCUUAGAUGCAGUGAAGAGGAAGACAAGAUCAGCUGCUAUGGACACAUUGCCAUCAGCGCCAUUGGUGAUGGAUAUGCUGCCGAAACCAGAUGUAGCAUCAGGCGAUGAUCCAAAAAGACAGACAGAAAAGAAAGCGAUAUCAAGGCCACGUAUCAUGAGAGAGCUUAGAUUAGAUGCCACCCAAGCAGCGCAAACUCGUGCGUUGAAGGAUAUGCGACGGAGGAGAGAUAUGGCCAAUGUCCGCGUUUUGUUCAGCCAUCACUUGGGUGAAGAUAAAAUCAAACAACAGAAAAAGAUUUUGUCACGAUUGGGAGUUUCCAUUGCAUCGUCGUCUUCAAAUGCUACACAUUUUGUAGCAGAUAAGUUUGUGCGCACAAGGAAUAUGUUAGAAGCAAUGUCUCUUGGAAAACCGGUGGUGACACAUUUGUGGCUUGAGAGCUGUGGGCAAGCUAGAUGUUUCAUUGACGAGAAAAAUUACAUACUGAGGGAUAUCAAGAAGGAAAAGGAGAUUGGCUUCAGCAUGCCAGUCUCAUUGGCUCGUGCUUGCCACAAUCCACUCUUACAGGGUAAACGUGUUUUCAUCACCCCUAAUGUUAAACCUGAUAAAGAACUGCUUGUGAGCUUGGUUAAGGCAGUUUGUGGCCAGGCAAUUGAGAGAGUGGGCAGAUCUGCGAUGAAGGAUGAUAAAGCUCCAGGUGAUCUUUUGGUUAUUUCAUGUGAAGAAGAUUAUGCUAUCUGUGUGCCUCUGCUUGAAAAAGGAGCAGAGGUUUACAGUUCAGAGCUUCUAUUGAAUGGAAUAGUUAUUCAGAAGCUGGAGUAUGACAGGCAUCAACUUUUCAUGGAUCAUGUUAAGAGAACCCGCUCAACGAUAUGGUUAAGAAAGGAAGAUGGUCAGCAGUUUCAUCCUGUAACCAAGCGUACAUAGUUUUUAUUUUAUUUUUAAUCUUAUGUUUUUUUUGUAUCAUUGAGUAUUGAGUUUGUGGUUGAGGGUUUUCUUUUGAAAGUAAUGAAUGUUUUGAAUUAAGAGAUCUUGGGUUAAGAUGUUUUGGAUCAGAAUAUGUAAAGACUCUAUCGUGUCAUUGGAAGAUCUUUGUAAUGUUCAAUAUUUUCCCGUUUGCUCCUA